AUGUCGUCGGUGUUUGCUGCAUGGCUCGGGACGAACUACUGCCCAACAGAAGAUGAAGUUCAAGAUAUCAGGGCCUUUCUCGCUGAGUCCCAGGCUCGUGUGGACUCCCUCAACGAGGCAAUCGCGAAGCUACAAGAAGAGCGCGACAAGCUUAUGGAGCACAUUACCGCCCACCAGGUCCUCUGCGCACCUAUUCGCAGACUUCCCCCCGAUGUUCUGCGCGAGCUAUUUGCUCAGUGCCUUCCGGUUGGUAGGAAUUGUGCGAUGAGCGCCCGCGAAGGGCCAAUCUUGCUGGGCCGAAUCUGUAGCUCGUGGCGCUCUUUGGUGCGACAUACCCCGGAAUUGUGGUCGCGGCUUCAUGUUGUCGAGCCACCACUAUCAACAUGGUACGGGGCGGUGUCACACAGAAUUCAAAGUGCCAAAGUACAGCAACGCCUGCAGGCCAUCAAGCUCUGGCUUGACCGCGCUGGAUCCCUCCCACUUUCUAUUUCGUUCCAGCGAGACGGCGAAAGAGGCACCAACAGCGCGACAAUGACGCGCAACAACUCUACUCUUUUGCCUUUUCUUGCUUCCUAUGUACCACGAUGCACGAGCCUGCACCUUGAUUGCCCAGCUGUCUUAUUUGACGAGUUGGCGCAUAUUCCCUCCGAGCAGCGGGUUAUCAUUGAGGACAUUACCCUCCAAGGUGGCUGGAGCAUAGAUCGUACAUCGUCAUGGGAGACACUCCGCGUUCUUGAGUCCCCCACGCUCAGACGCCUCACACUUGCAUUUUAUGAAUGCAUUGUGCAGAUGGAGAGGCUUCCUGUCAACUGGGUGCAUCUGACCUUCUUGAAGAUAAGGGAUCCCUUCACCAGUGGACUGGGACAUAAAGCCAAGAUUUCUAAGGUGCUCUCCGGAUGCUUCAAUUUACGCACCUGCGUGUUGGAGCUGUGCGAUUCAGAUGAUAUCGGUACUGGCCUGGGAGGCACGGUCGCCAUACCACCGUCGAAAGCUGUCCUUCCGCAUCUCCAACACCUUCAGCUGUCAACUGAUUUUUCCCUGCUUCCACACCUCGUGCUCCCCUCUCUGCGCCAUCUCAUUUUGCAGCGGGAGGAUGAUGGGUAUGCUCCUCCGCGAGACGAUUGCCUGCUCGACAAUAUCCAACAUAUUCUUCCCACCCUGGCAUCUAGUCCGCGGCUCGAAACUCUUCGCUGUGCAUUGAAGCUCCCGGACGAUAGCCUGAUGGACUUACUUGCGGCCCUUCCUUCUACGCUGCUCACGCUUGAACUUGUUGACAACCCUGCGGACCCGCAACUUGACGACCCCGCGCUCGAAUAUAUUGCUAAAUCAGGUUGCUACCCCGAGUUACACACAUUGCAGCUGCGGAAAUGCGAGAGUAUUUCCGAGGAGGGCAUCAUCGCGUUUCUGCAACUACAAGUCACGUCAAAUUUGCGCGAGCUGCACAUUGAGUACGACACGGGUAUCGUGCCCCCACGCCGGCCUGGGGCUGAUGCCCUUGCCCAGCAGCUUCAGCCGUUUAGAGCGGCGGGGACCGAGAUCCGCGUGACACGACGACGCACAGGCAUGUCAAUGGUCUUUUCUCCAUUUUCCGGCAUGUCCCAUCUGCUGACAAAGGCGGAGCGUGAAGCUUUCUUUGAGCUGGGCAGCAGCGGUCCGGAGGAGAUUAUUGAUGAUUGA